UCCAAGCAUCCAAGUCUCAACCUCCCAAAGCUAGACGAAACAGAAAAAAAAAAAGGGGGGGCUCUCUCUCAAGUCUCAACAAGCAACGCCCCCAAUGGAAGGCUCGCCGGCGACGGGUCUCCCGGAGGCCGACGCGCUUCCCGAUGGCUUCGUCGAGAGCUCCUCUGCCGACCAGACCCCGCCUCUCUCCUCCGCGCCAGCGGCCCGCGAUUCCGCGCAUCCUGCUCUCGGCCCCGAUCACGAGACCGCCACCGUCGCCAAUGGCGAGGAAACCCUAGGCACUCCCUCUAGCCUCGCCGCCGCCGCCGAUGCCCUGCAGAGCCUCUCUGUGAAAGCCGCUUUGGAGCCGGAGAGCGCUCUUGGGCAGCAGGAACCCGCCGCAGACAUAGGAGAUGCUAAAGAAUCACUAAAGGACAGCUUCAUGGUGGAGCCAGCUGAAUCUCAGGUCAAUCAAAAGAUGAGUGGCGAGCCAAAGCGUAAGGUCGUAAAACGAAGCAGUAAGCUAGAGAAGGACCGAGAGUUGUUGGAACUUGCCCAAAGGUACCAUAGAGUGGUAGAAGAAAGGGAUGCAGCAAUUGCAGUUAAAGAAAAAUUAGAAUCUCUUUGUAGGGAGUUUCAGCGUCAAAACAAAAUGUUAAAGGAAGAGUGUCAAAAGGUGUCAGCAGAUGGGUGCAGUUUUCGGUUGGGACUGAAAGAGAAAUUCGACAAUGCUAUGAAGGCUGUCGGUGACAAGCUUGAGGAGCAGAAAAAUUCAAUCAUUGCUCAGUUCGAAGAGAACAAUAUGCUGAGAGGUAAACUCAAAGACCUUUCUGGUCAAUAUAGUGUCAUUGAGCAGAAAUAUUCUCAUCAGUUGAACGAAAAGACACUGGAACUUGAGCUUGCUAAACUGAAAAUUCAACAAUAUCAAGCAAAAGCAGCUCAAGAACAUGCCCAAAUGGUGUUGUAUGCUGAGCAAGUUUCUCAGCUUGGCGUUACUGAGAAGAACCUGCGGCAACAGGUAGCUGCUGAUGGUAAAAAAUUUGAGCAGUUUGAGGAUGCCCUAUCGCAAAGCACUGAAGCCUUUGAAAUUUAUAAGAAGGAGAUGGCACAGAUGACGACAAUGAUAAAAGAAAUUAAGAAGCAGAAUGGAGCCCUGAAGAGCAAAUGUGAGAAUUCAGAUAUUGCUCUUGUGAAGCUCAUUGAGGAGCGUGAGCUAAUGAAGAAGGAACUAGAUAAAUGUAAGAAUCAAAGGGACAAGCUUGAGUCCCUGUGCCGAUCACUACAAGAAGAAAGGAAACAAGGCCCUUCUCUGAGUGUUCCUGAGGCCAUGGUUAUAGAUCUUAAUGCAAGUCCAGAGCCAGAGUGAUAGUGUUUGUGUGCUUUGUGUCGCGUACCGCUGGUGCUACUACCCGCCUCUGCUACAGAUUACCGAGAUUUCAGAAGCCAGAGAGAGAAACGGAUAGAUGUGAUACUUUUAUUCCGUUUUGCUUGUGAUUUUGUGGGAGCUCCGGACCUGUAUCACACAUCCAACUACGACUAUUGACCCAAGUGUCCCGUAGCUUGAGGCUUAUCUGGUGGAAGAUGUCGGAGCCUGCUUUGUUUUCUGAGUACAAAGAGCAUUUUGAGAUUGCAUGGGCACGUACAAUGGUUGAUAAGACUGUCUUAUCUUAAAUGUUUUACGUCAUUUAGAAAAAACAACAAAACAUGUUGUACAA